ACUUGACAGCAGUGGGAGGGGAGCAGGGACUGCGGUGAUAAACAAACACACGCAGUGAACUCGUCAGUAUCUUCUCGAGCUCUGUUGCAGAGCUUUGAUAACACCGGCUGAACCUCAGGAAAGCUGACCUUCACGGACCGAGCUUUAAAGUCAAAACCGGGUUACAAAUCCCGGACUUUAACUGAAAAACCCAGGCAUUUUAUCCCCUUCUCCCUCCCUCCUCCCUCCCCUGGAGUCGGCUUAUGUGACACAUUAACGUCCCGGGCAGCGAAACGAGCGAAACAUGACGGAGCUGAGGAAGCGAGGCGGAGGCGGAGGAGACCCUGACAGCACCGAGAAUAUCAGCGACAAGGAGGCCGAUGGUGAUGACAGGCUGGGCCUGCAAGGCGACGCAGAGGGAGAAUGUGAUGGUGACUCCAAAGCAGACACUCCAGAUGUUCUUCCCUCCACAGCAGACACAGACAACACUCCACAAUACCUGAACAAAGCUCUGGAGGGCCUGCCGCCCAGAUGGAAGAACUACUGGAUACGAGGGGUUCUGUCUUUAGCCAUGAUUUCAGGCUUUUUCCUCAUCAUCUAUAUGGGACCUGUCACUCUAAUAUUAGUGGUCAUGACUGUCCAAAUCAAAUGUUUCCAAGAAAUCAUCACCAUUGGCUACAGAGUUUACCAUUCCUAUGAACUGCCUUGGUUCAGGACACUAAGCUGGUACUUCCUGAUUUGCGUAAACUACUUCUUCUAUGGUGAAACUGUAGCGGAUUACUUCGGGGCUCUGGUGCAGAGGGAGGAACCUCUGCAGUUCCUGGCUCGCUAUCACCGCUUCAUCUCCUUUGCUUUGUACCUCGCAGGUUUCUGCAUGUUUGUGCUGAGUUUAGUGAAGAAACAUUACCGCCUGCAGUUUUAUAUGUUUGCUUGGACCCAUGUGACCCUGUUGAUUGUGGUAACUCAGUCCCACCUUGUCAUUCAGAACCUGUUUGAAGGAAUGAUCUGGUUUAUUGUCCCGAUCUCCAUUGUGAUCUGCAAUGACAUCAUGGCCUAUCUGUUUGGAUUCUUCUUUGGAAGGACCCCACUGAUCAAGCUCUCACCCAAGAAGACCUGGGAGGGCUUUAUCGGAGGUUUCUUCUCCACUGUGGUCUUUGGCUUCAUCCUGGCCUACCUCCUGUCUCAGUUCCAGUACUUUGUGUGUCCUGUGGGCUUCAACAGUGAGACCAAUGGGUUUACAGUUGAAUGUGAGCCCUCUGAUAUCUUUGUGAUGCAGGAGUACACUCUUCCUGCUGUGGUACAAAACACACUGAGAUGGAAAACGGUGAACCUGUACCCCUUCCAGAUCCACAGCAUCUUCCUCUCGUCCUUCGGGUCUCUCAUCGGGCCUUUUGGCGGCUUCUUUGCCAGCGGCUUCAAGCGAGCCUUCAAAAUCAAAGACUUUGCCAACACCAUUCCCGGCCACGGUGGCAUCAUGGAUCGAUUCGACUGUCAGUACCUGAUGGCCACCUUCACACACGUGUAUAUAGCCAGCUUCAUCAGGGGACCGAACCCAAGCAAGGUGCUGCAGCAGCUGUUGAUGCUUCAGCCUGAACAGCAGCUCGGCAUUUUCCACACUCUGCACUCCCACCUGAGAGAGAGGGGCAUGCUCCCCCCAGCUGCUGCCCAGGCUGAAUGAAAGACUGCGUGCUUCGCAGGGUGAUGACUGGAGAGUGCGUGUGAUGGUUUGGAAAGUUUGUGUAAGCAUGUACACACACACAGGCACACACACUCUUAAGUAUGGCUGUAUGGUGUGUGAGCCCAGACCUCUCUCAGAGUGUCCAUCGUCAUCCUGCCGGCUCUUCAUUCGACUUCCAACCAGCUCAAAAUCACGACUUUGAACCUGAGGUGACUCUCCAGUCUAAAUGGAAUAACCUUUGUAGUAAAAAGAAAAAAACACAAUAACACAACAACAACAACAACAAAAAAGGCGGCUUUGUUGCUUUCCACUUGGACAGGCACCUAAACUACAACACGCUUCGCGAGCAAACAGGCAGUCCCCAUCCUAAAAACUUACAGACUGAAGAUAAAAUGUCUUAUCAAACAAAAUGGACUCUAAAGCACAUGGCUUCGUCAGCGCAGGUGGAUGGUGGAUGUGCAGUUUCCCUGUGGACGGCAAAUAUUGCACUGACUUUAACUGAACAAAUGGAUUUAAGAAGCUUUACCAGCAUAAACUGGGCCUAAAGUGUUGGGCACACGGACAUGAGCUACAGCAAACAAACUGCUGAGACUUGGGGUUUGGGUGUGGGUGAAGCAGUGAUGCAGCAGGGUUGUCAAACAUACUCUAGACACUGUUUUAUAGACUAUGCUCUAUUUAAUGGUCCUAAACUCACAGCAUAACAAAACAUGUAGCAUGUACGCUGUAGUAGUAAGUCCUGUCUUGGGGUACUGCUAAACUAAGCCAUGUUUAUUCUCUUCUUCUACAACGUGAACUUUUAGCUUUUAGGUUUCUGUUUCUAUCUAAAUAAAUUGCACAAUUAAAGUCAAUAACGAUUGACUGUAGGCAUGUUAACGCAGAAACUAGAGCAUCAGCACUAGAGCAUCAACACUCAAGUUAACGUACUGUACAUAAAUAUACUGGAAAUAUUUAGCUGAAAAAAUACUUAAGACAUAUUAUAACAACUUGCUGGGGAAAAAGAAAACAUUUUUAUGCUAUGAGAAAUGAUAUGCAAAAAAAAAAGAGAUGUAACUCAUUUGUAGCCUUUAGCAGGAACAAAUAAGAUUUUUAUGAGGUAGGGAUGUAGAUUUGAGGCUGUUCUCGGUGACCCUUUACUAGAGAUUGUAAAAAGAAUUUAAAGGAAUAGUUUGACAUUUGGAAAAUAGGCUUAUUCUUGCAGAGAAUUAGAUUAGAAAAUUGAUAACACUCUCAUGUUUGUGCGUUAAGUAUGGAGCUAGAGCCAGGAAGUGAAUAGCAUAAAGACUGAACGCAGGGGGAAACAGCUAGCCUGAGUUUGACCAAAGUUUACCUGUGAAGCUCACUAAUAAACACAUUGUUGGUGAACAACAGUUGUGUGCAGUAACUUCCCCUCAGUCGCCACAGUGACGACCAAACACGCAAGGUCGAACGGUUUGUGAAAGGUGCAGCACACAAUUCUACAAAGCAGCUGACAUUCCAAUGUACAGACUACAUUGGAUAGUAAAUAAUCACAAUUUAAAUUUUCUUUUUGGUAUUCCCGUCCUCCCUGACUUUUUUUGCCAUGCUUGAGAUUGAAAGGAAACUCCGGGAAUUCAGAGAUGUAAAAAUCAAUCAAUCACUUUUCCUCCAUUGAUAAAUGACCUCCCUCAUUGUGGAGGUUAGUUUAUGUGGGAUUAAAGUUUAAUUAAGUUGACCUUUGGCUGCAAAACAUGGUGGAAAAUCAGCGUAGUGCACUGCUAUGGCUCGCGUAGCUGCCUGGGAGAGCGCAGGUGAUCUCCCCAGUGGAAAUAAUGACCUCGCUCUGCGCAUUAUUGAACUUGCGCUUUUGGUGUGGAAGCCCUGUGAGGUUGCCACAAACCAGCAGAGACGCUGCACUGAAUUGUUGAGUGGACAGAUUAACUGUUGCUCAUCAUGAAAUAGUUGCACCACAUCUAAAACUACAAAUUGCAGUUUUUACAUUUCUGUUUGUGUACAGAUUAAACAAAUGUGUUCAUUUGUGAGCUUUAGAGGUGUAACUUUGAAUAAAAGGCAGUCGAGCCGUUUCCCCCUGCUUCCAGUCUUGCUAGGCUAAUCGCCUCCUAGCUCUAGGAUUCAUACUAACCCACAUACAUGAGCAUGAUAUUGAUAUUCUUAUCUAACUCUCGGAAAGAAAUUGGAUAAGUGCAUUUCCCAAAAUGGUGAACUAUUCUUUAAAAAAAAAAAAAAAAACUGUGCUUCCUUUAUUGAUUUGAACUAGUUGCACUGUAGUGGGGGGUGGAUGCAUCAGACCACUUCGAAGGUUCCCACAUCCACGGACACGUUUGUUCAACGGUCAUAAAAAAUCUUGCUAUUUCGGAGUCUUCUUAUGCAUUACAUCACUCUUAAAUUAUUAAGUUUCAGAAUGUAGUUUUGUAAUAUGAGAUGUUAUCAAUGAUAACAUAAGAUUUGAGUACAUUUGGAGAAUAUAUACUGUACAGUAUGUGUGUGUGUGUAUAUACAGUACUGUAUUGUACACAUAUCUUUAAGUAUAUAAAAAUCUGACACUCUGGGCGAUGGUUUUAUUAGCAAUAUAUUCAUCUUAUGCAAGUUGCAGUUUGAUUCCUUAGGAUAUGGGUUGGAUGAUUUUAUUCUACAUGAAAUCUGUGGCAUUGAUGAUUAAUCACAUGUUCACCAGUGUGAGAAAUAAGACAAGCGUGUUACAAGGCUGCGUUUGCGGCUAACAGGGCCGAUGAGGUUCUCUGACUGAAUCCACAUCUUUUCAGAGAGAAAUAUUUACCAAAGCACUGUCUGAUUAACACUGAUUUCCUUCCGUUAUUGAAACAGCUCUAGGGCCCAGGUCCAAACGAUCGUCUCCUUCCUAUUCUGACAUCCUCUCUUUGUUCUGAAAAAUGGAAACAUGCAAAAAGGAGAGUUUGGGACUGGGCCGCAGACUGGAGUGCUAACAUUUUAAUCUGUGGCCUGUGCAAUGUGUGUCACUGUGUUCUGUUCACCUACUUCAGUUGGUGGACGAAGAGGAUGUUAUAAUUUAUUUGUCCAGUUUGUUCUGUUCAUGUUUUCCUCAGAGAAGUGCAUUUUCGUGUGUUUGAAGUGAACGAGGGUGCUGGGUGGAUUUUUGGGACCAGCUGUAUUGUACUGUAGAAAUCGAUAACUAAACCCUCUCUCUGGUAAAACACACACUACUGCUUUACAGGCUUUUCUGUAUUCAACCUUCACUGUCCAACUUACAUAUUGAACAAGAUGAAGCAAAGCAUGUAGCCAUCUGGGCAGUGUUCAGACUAAAGCAAUCUGACCAAAAAUCAACACAAACAGCAGAUGGUCAAAUGAUUUAGAUUUGUUUUGUUUUUUAAAGCUGUUUUAUAUGGAGUCUGAAGUGUGCCACCGGAAUAAUUAAACACUUUUAUUGGUAAAUUAAUCAGUCAAAUAAUCAAAGCAUCAAAAAACUGUAAAAAUUUCUUCUGCUUUUAUUCCUUAGUUUCCAUUUAAUGAUCACUUACAUUUAAAUGUAAUUUUAAUUUAAAUAAUUUUCGAUUAGUCAAUUUAUUGUUUUGUCUGAAAAAUGUCAGAAAAUUGUGAACAGUGUCCCUCACAGUUCCCCAGAUGACGAAUAGUCCAAAACCCAAAGAUAUUCAGUUUACACUGAUAUAAAACAAAGAAAAGCAGCAAAUCCUCACACUUACACUGACGCUGGAAUCCAAGAAAGAUUUUGAUGGAUAAAUGACCAAUUAAUCGAUUAUUAAAAUAGUUGCUGAUUAAGUUUCAGUCAAUCUGCUAAUCAAUUAAUAGAUGAAUUGUUUCAGCUCUAGUUAGAAGACACAUAUGCUAACAGAAUAAGUAAAAUUUUAAGUGUUUUGCAAGACAAUAAGAUAAUAAUGAAGUUGAACUAUUAAUUGGCAAAUUUCAUAACUUUUUCAUGAACACCAUCAGUCAUUAUAUGUAAAUUUAAUUACAUAGCGUCACUUAAAUGCAUCGAUUAAUUAUAAUUAAGAAGUGUAUUAUUCCAUUGGCACACUCGAAACUCCAGUUUUACAGUUAUAGUUCAAAUUAGAUCUAAGCUGGUGUGUGGACUAAUGUGUAUUUUUAUUCAAGUUAUGAAGGUAUAACACUUGUGGUACACAAAUGUAAAGGUAGUUUUAGCAGCCCAAAUGUCAGAUAAUGAUGCACUGCAGAUGUUUGGUUGCUCCUCUUUUUAAUUUAUCAUUUUGUGUAUAUUUUGUGUGAUUUGCUUUGAGCAGAAAUGUUUUCUAAUGAAAAUCUAUAGCUUUUGAAGUGGAUAAGAUUAAAAACUAUACUGAGGAAGUAUGUUGUUAAUAUAGGGGUAAUAGAAAGAAAUGUAUAAACCACAUAUUGAUAUCUUGUUAGGGAUAAAGUGAAGCUGUUUACUGUAUGGAGGUGAAUAAAGUUUUGUUUUUUUUCUUUAAAAUGUCUUACAUUUUGUUUCAUGUCCUUUUGAUAAUGACAAGACAGAAUUCACUUUCACAUUGAAGGAACAACUUCUGAUUUAUUCACAAAAUAAAGCUCGACAGUUUGUGAUUAGACAUUUAAAAAAAGGAUUUUGCAGUGUGAAAGAGCAAAUGCAACGUUUGUACUCAUGUAGCUCUUACAAACAGCCAAGCAUUGAGAACAGAAAUCUGUCAAAGGGAAUAUUUGGAAAGAGACACCUCUGGCGUCAACAAACAAGCCGCCAUGUUGGAGGAAUGACAACAAGAGAAAGGUCAUUUAAAAAAAAAAAAAAAAAAAAAAAAAAAAAAAAAAAAAAAAAAGAA